AUGACGUGUGAUUACCAGAGCUGGACACAUACUCUUUAAGAAUUUGCCUGAUGCAAUCUAAAGAUAAUCAGCUAUUUUUACGUUUUUUAUAACACUUAUGCAUAUGCUUAAUACACCGAUACAUUUCAAUAGAUAAUUUGAUUGAAAGAGUGAAGGAGCAGACAUUGUUAUAUAAUUUCGCGACAUACUUAUUUCUCGUACACCUUAUUUUUGCUCAAAUUGCUGGACGUUGACAUCGCCUCCAAGCACAAGUGUUUUCUUUGCUGUAUGGCUGGCCGGCUCUUGAGGUCUCUACAAGUGAUGAAUGCAAUCAGCAUGUUCAUGUUUGUUGUCGGUGUUCUUCACCUCCUCUGUCACCAUGGAAAAGCCCAGGCGGAUUCUGGGGCCCUCACUAUUGUGCCACAGGAUGAUCAGGAAAAUGGAGAAGUGACCCUAGAACCAGAGGAUGAGGAACUAGUGGCCAGGGAUGUAAACAUUGAACCUUUCAUGCCAACGAAAGACUGGAAACCAGUUGAAACAGGUCAGUCUAUACCCGCCGGCUUGCAUGUUCGUAUGAACCUUCAGACUGGAGAACGUGAGGCUAAACUGUUGGAUGGACACACAGACAAACAGGCGGAGGUCCACUAUGGGAUGGAUGGUGAUAGGGAAGGCAAGAUGAAUCUCGACCACAGACAACUUUCGAUGAAUGAACUGAAAAGAGCCCUCAAAGACUUCAAGACCACAGAGCUUGAUGAUACAGACCUGAAGAGGGAGGAUGAGGUCAAGAUGAAAUUCCGCUCCUACAAAGAGCUCCAGGCUGACUUCAAGGCGAUGAACAUGGACAUACAGACAGAUGGUGAGAUUUUGACAGGCCUGGUGGAGCGGCUCAUCCACCCAGAGACGCCACAUGAUGAUUUGAUAGCUAUUCUGAAGGAUUUUGAGUAUUAUCUGCAUCAGAUUGACAAUGGAGUGAUGUUUAUGGACCUUGGGGGAUGGCCAUACCUCUUAAAGCUGCUCAACAGAACAAAUGAUGAGGAAAUACAGAUAGAAACAGCCCUUGUACUGGGGGCAUCCAUGUCUAGCAAUCCAAAAGUCCAGAUAAGGGCGCUAGAGGCGGGAACUCUGGAACUGCUUGUGCGUCUUCUUUCAACGCAGCCAUCCAUUCAGCUACGUCGUAAACUUCUGUUUGCCCUAGCUGCACAAUGUCGACAAUUUCCAUUUGCCCAACGUCGAUUGCUGGAGCUGGGAGGAUUGCAAGCUUUAAAUGCAAUUUUUGACGAGGCAGGGACAGAAAAAUUACGUGUGAAAGCUGUUAGCUUCCUGAAUGACCUGUUAAUUGAAAGGGUUUUGACAGAGAAAAACUUAAAUCCAGAUUUAUCAACAGAAGUGGAAAAGGUGAAACAGUACAAAGAAGUUGAGCUGGAAAAGGCUAUGGUAGAAGGAGGCUGGUGUGAACAACUACCAACCUUGCUCAGCUUCUCAGACCAUGAGAGUCGGGAGCAUGUGAUCAUUGCCAUGACAACACUGGCCACGCCCUGUAGAGACACAUUCACAAGAGACAUCAAAACACUACAAAAACUCAAUAAAGAGUAUACAAAAUUAGCUUUAGAAGAUGAAGAUGGUGUUGAGGAUAGUUAUUUCAAUACACAUGCUGAGUUGAUACAAACAUUACUUACAAAAUUGUUUGGAACAGAUACUAGAAUAAAGAAAGAUGAGUUAUAAUGAUCAACAUUUAACUAGUAGGUUAUUGUACAUAAUGCUUUAAUAAGAUAAAAAAAUUUGCAAGGGUUUUAUUUUUCUCUUAUGCUUUUCCUUUCAUUGAAAUUGUGUGUUCAAAAUUUUGUGUUUAAACUAUAAACUAUUGUGUAUACAGAAGUGAUUCAUGUCAUCAUUGCUUCUUAAAAACAAUAUCUUACAUAAGUAAGAUCAAAACACAGUCAAGUAAAAUGACGUCACAAAUGUUCCAGAAAAGAAAAAAUCCACCGUAAAAACAUUCAUUACUGUAUUUGGAAAAACCAUGGGGUAAGAGAUUGAUAAUUUAUAUUUAACAUUUGAUAUUUAAUGUUUGAUGAUUCUGCAUACUUUUUCUGACCAAUUUAGGGCUGAAAUUCGGCCAUGCUGAAAAUCUUGUUCCCAAUUGUGAAAAUAAAAUUCCUAAUUUUAUGUUAUGUUUUUUUAAAUUUCAUUUGUUAUUCAGAAAUUGGCCCCAAAAUCAUUUUAUGUAAAGGUGGAUGUUUUUUAUUAAAACAAACUUAAAUUAUAUUAUUUUGUAUUUUUGUAUAUUUUAAAGCAUUCUUGUUCAUUUUUAUAGGCAAAAAUGAAAUUCCCAAUUUAAGGCAAAAUGAGACAUUUUUUCCAAUCAGAAUGACCCCUGCCCAAUUUCAGAAAUGGUGAAAAAACACUGCAAUAAAGUGCUUACAGAACAAGAGCUUGUUUUUUUUUAUGAGCAGAAAGCAGAUGUAACUUACAAUUAAUGUUAGGAUUAUACAUGUUGGUGAGUUUUGAAUAUCUGAAAAAUGAUUAUGGAUUGUUUUUAUAUUUUUUUUAAUGAUUUUACUUUAAAGAAAAAAUAAUUAUUAAACAUGUAUUAAUUAAACAUGUAUCUUGUAAAAAUGUGAAAAAAAUGCCUGUUGGAAUCAUAUAGGUGGUUUAUUUGACAUUCCAGGGCAGAGGGGGCAUUAUAGGUUUUUGUAAUUCAUUUGAAUUAUUUCUAUUUUUCACGUAUGAUAUUUGUUUAUGCAGAGAUCGUUUGUUUUGGAUUUGCAUGCAGAACUUAAAACUAUUUUAAUUCCUUGAAAUAACCAUGGUUUCAAUGUUCGUAUAGCAAUAAUUUGCAUAACAAAAGUUUUUCUGAUGUUGAUUUAUCCAUUAUGCAUUGUUAAAGACAGUAAAGUACGUUUAGUUUUUGUGUACAAGCGACAGAUUCUGAGAUUUACAAACUGUGUGUAUUUAAUUAUGUGGAUGAAAAAUGAAAAA